UCCGAGUUGGGUGUACUAAAUUGUCAAAUUUCUCUAUUAUGCUACAAAUUAAUCCAAAUAAUGAAAAUUUCUGCAAUUUAAAUUAUGCCCAAUUGGACAUGAAACGGCUGAGAUGAAAAUGAAUGAUGAAUAAUGAUCAAAAUGCUAAAUUACCAAAAUCGGGAGUUUUCAAAAGCUCAUAUUGAAACAAUUAAGAUGAUACAUAUUAUGAGAUUAACGCUAAUAAAACUCAGUAUUUGCUCAGCAAAAACAUUAUAUUUGACCCAGUUAGCUAUAAAUAGAGCUCAAAAAUGUGACUUCCGAGUUUGCAUGCAACUGUUUGAUUUACUUGAAUGAAAUUGAUGCCUUCGUUUACAUUUUCCUUGCUUGAGUUUAUGCAUGUUAUGCAAGUAUGAAUCAAACAUAAAACAUUUACUUGCAUUGAAAUUAAUAGAACCUGAAAUGACUUGAUCCUACUAGAUCUUGGAAACAUGACUUCCAGGCCUAACUUCAGUUCUAAAACGGGCACUCAUAAAAAAAAUAACAGCUCUGUUGAAUCUGUGAGUCACCGCUCUGAUUCAGCUCAAAGUGUAAGCUCUGAUUAUGAAAAUAAGAGAACUAGAAAAUAUGGUCAUCAUAGGUCCAAGUCGAGUGUUCACGAUAGAGGGGAUGAAAAAGAAACAUUAACUAAUAGACUGGAAUUUAGAUCAACUCAAGGAUUACUGACUGAGCAAGGCAUCAAACCUGCCUUUUGUAACCGUCCAACGUCCUUGUAUCCCUUGAAAAAUAAUGAAAAUUCAGCUCAGGGUGAUCCAUCUCAACCGGAGAAGGAGCCUAUACAAUUCGAGAUCAACCUUGUAGGGGCGCCUCCUGAAGUGACUGAAUUGGUGAACAACAUCAAGCAAGUUGCUGAACAAUUUCUGUACCAUUGGAAAACUUUUCCUAUUGUUCUUCCCAACCCCUUGUCUCACAUGGACUCGCUUCAGACAUCUCAAUUAUCAUCGGAAGGUUCAUUAGGAAGAUGUAGAACUAAGUGCCAUCUUAGAGACCUCUUCAUUGCACCUUCUUUUGAUGAAUUGGAUGCCGUUGCUGUGGACACUAAAGGAGAGAACAGGAAACUGACAGGAAAACAGCUGGAGUAUAUACGAGAAAAAGGGCAGUUUUAUGUCGAGUCGAUCAACUUUCCUGGACAAAAGCACUGUUGGAAAUUGUCGGAACUCCUCCAGAAGGGAACUGAGAGAAGCAGGGAAAGUCUGUUGAACGACCUGGCUCUGGCUAUGAAAUUUCUGGUUGUGAUUGCUAGGGGUAGAAUAUUCGAUUCAUACUUUAGCAUAGUCCAAUCUGCCAAGUCUCUCAUAGCAGGUCUACUUAGAAUUUUAGAUCUUCUCAUAGGAUUACCUAGUUUACAAACGCAUAAUCUAGAUACAAAGAUAAAGGAGGAAAGGAACAAAUACUUAGUCGCCGAACUUGUUUGUAGACCAGAGAAUGAAGACUCCCUGGAGCUCUUAUGUUCCUACAUAAAAAAGCAGCUGCACAGAGCUAUAACGGAAAAGUUCGAAGUGGCCAGAGAAUGCUCCAACAUCCCGGUGUCAGUUCCAUAUACGUUCCUGACUCCCUCCGGGGUUGAAUUAGAUCUGAGGUUGUGGGAUAAAAGUCUGAUGAGGAAGGCCAUACCGAUACUGGUCACGAUCUUGGAGAAGGAAACUAGGGGUUGGUUCCUGCAUUUUCGGGAGAAGCUCAUCGCUGAACUGAGAGCUCAGAAAAUGGCAGAUUCCGACAUCGAACAGGAGGUCAACGAAGCUGUGAUGAAGGAAUAUUUGCAGAGAGUGUACAGCAGCAUCUCUUCGAAUCCCGACAUACAAGCUUUGGGAGACGGUGUGGCUCAACUCCUUAUUCAACAAGCUCAAAGUGUUGUGUUAAUGCAUAAGGCAACUGAAAAUGUACAAAGGCGGCUCUCGAAGACACUGAGUGAAGUCAAAACGAAAUUGAACACCAUGCAUCCCGUCUUGUCCAGAGUGGAGCCUUGGCUUCAGUUCAGGCUGGGCAAUACUGAGAUAAAAUUCGUCCAGGAAAAUCAGUGGAGUACCCAUGAGGAAGCCUUGAACCUUUGCAAUUCGCAGAAAUUGGUACAAACGGUUUAUUUCCUCAACCGAGAUCUGACCUUCAUGAAAGAGAGGGAACCGGCUUUGCUGAGGGAAUUGAGGAAAGUUAAAACGCCUACGCGGAGUUUCCUCUGGCCCACUCAGAUAUGGCUGCCGAUGAACUGGGUGGUUCGUAGAAACUUCCAAGGUCAAUCCGAAGUCAUCCCGACAGUAUUAAGCAAACAGGCCACCACCAUAACCACACCCAGAUCCGAUCCCAGUCAACCAGUGUUCCUGGUGGAGAAAGAAGUGGUUCGUACCACCACCACCAGAUGGCCGAUGUGGAGGAUAUUCAAUUAUUUCCAUAGGACGUGGUGUUGGACCUGGAACGCGAUGUUCUUCUUCGGCGUUGUCCUCCCCUGGUGCAGUCCGGUGGGGCUCAGGGCGCUCCUGAACAUCGAACCUUUCAUGCCCGAUCUGGAACUGUCCCAGGUGAACGGGACGUUGUUCCCCAGGAAGAGUAGCCUCACUCCGACGUUGACCUCGAGGUUGAUAAGCCUGUGGAGGCACAUCUCCAAGUCGAGGACCCAUUUUGAGACCAAGCCGGAUACCGGUUUCAUUGGGAAGGGUUUCACCAGGCACAUCAACAGGAUUUGGAAUUAUGUGGUGAAAGGUUUGUUCGGCACAAUAGCGCUGCUGUUCGGGUUUCCCAUCUUCUGCCUGACGAUAGUCCUAUCUAGUCUAGUGAUAGCCUUCACGGCAGUCUUAUGGAUGCCGCUGAUAACCCUACUCGUCCAUAUCAUGAACGGUUUGAUCUACGACGCCGACAGCCCUCUGCAGGAUAUCAACAGGUUCUUCAUAUUUUUCCAAGUGCUGAUCAUAAACAUCGGAGUCCUGGGUAUACUCCAACCGAUCGCUGCAAUUUUCGUAGGCGCCGUUGUUUGUCCUCUGAUCGCUCUUUUCGUCGCUAUUGGAGGCGUGGCUAGGUACUGGUUCCGCCUGCUCUGGGACGCUGCCAUCUUUCACUCCCUCAUCAAGAAACGCGGCCGUGUGCCGGCCUGCGACAGUUUCGUGGUAAAAAGGAUCGCCGGUCCAGGUCUGGCGUCCGAUUAUUACUUUCAGAUCAGCACCGAGCAGGCUCUGGCUGCCUUCGAGGCUAAGAUGGAAUGGGACGAGCUCAACGCCUUCCAAUCGGUGAUGGAGAACACGAUCACCCAGCCCCAGAAGGACUUCAGUCAGUUCGUGGACGCGUGUUUCGGCAGUUUUUCCACGCAGCUGGCGAAGAACGGCCCUUACAAGAACCUGGAGAAGGAGGGUAACGAUCUCGUGUCGGUCCUUCACGAGAAAUUGGAAAGGCGAAGGAGGGAUCUUCAGACUGGUCUGAGCGUGUCCAUCAGGAGCAAAGUUAAACUGACCACGAACGAUCUGAAGGUGGCGAUUCAGCAGGGUGCCAUGAUGUUGGAGCGCUAUUAUCCCCAUCGAAUCAUGCCCAAGCUUGGUUGUACGGAGGAGCAGUUUUGGGACGGAAAAGCUCUGCUUCCAGGCGAUUGGGCUGGAUUGGCCGCUCUCCUAUAUUCUGAAAUCUUCAGUUUGGACAUAUUAACACCCUUGGACCACACCGAUACUAGUUUCCGUUUAGAUCCCCAUCCCCAAGCCGAUCUCAGCAGGUUCACCGAAAUGGUUCAAUGUGUUCAACUAGGUGCUGGCGGUCCUGAUUUACUAGGAAAUGUAUAUACGCCUAGGGGAAACAUCCAGGUCCAUUCCCCAUUUUUGGAUGUGUCUGCAUUUAAUCCUCGUUCCAAAAAAACUGCCACAGGUCGAAAAGCUGACAAGAAGACGGAGACGUCAGUCGGUCUAUGCAGAGUGAAGAUAAUCACCAGGAACCAUUUGUGGAUGUCAUGGAAGAAGACUGGGAAGCCGAGAAGUACGGAAAAGAUGAUCAUCCCUCUACCAAUACCCCAUCCUGCGCACAUAGCUGUUACCAUUUACAACAGGGAUUCCGACGAUCCAAUACCUCUAGAAUCCGACAUUUGUCAGAAUAUCCUUCAAGGAAUCGAAGACAGCCAUGCUUCGGUCGACGAAACAGUUGGGAGGUUUCAAGGCGGCGCCAGUUCCUACGAAACGACCACCACAUCCAGCUCGGAAUCCCUGGAGGAUUCCCCACCUCCGGAUACGGUGACGGUGGAGGAGGUCCAGGAGGGCAGCGAUCGAUACAACGAGGAAACGGUGCACCAUUGGACUCUGAGCAAUUGGAGUCAACGCAAAAGGAACAAUUUGGGUAGUGUGAGGGUUGAUUUAGCUAGUCCUGAAGACGUUACGUUGGAUAGUGAUAGUACACGGGUUGUGUUCAGCACAUACGGGACUACAGUCUGAUAAUUUUAGGAGUUUUUUAUUUUCAAUGAAUCUCUAUUGAAAGUCUUCUCGAAGUGGAAAUCCUAUCGGAGAUUUAACCUAGUUAAGCGAAAUAUAGGUUGUUGUGUCCCUUUGAAACUGAAUGCCAUUUAAUUUUUUCAGUUUCAUUCACAGCCAUUUGUCAUGUUACGGUUUGCAAAGUUAUUUGAGUCAUGUUCCAUCUUCCUCAAAUAUAUGUUUGAAUGGCAAAAGUAAGCAUCCUAUAGAGUUCAAAGUUAAUUUGAGAUAAGUUUCGAUACCUUACACAGCAGCUCCUCUGCAAUUAACUUUCCAACUCCCAACUCCUUUACAAUUAAUCUAUUCUCGAGAUUGAAAAUCUAUGAUUUGAUGAAUCCUGUUCAUUUUGACAUAAUUCAUAGAACGCUUUCAUUUUCAAGUUUG